CGGAAGACGAGAUACAAAUGUUAAUUCAAAAUAUCAUAAAUAUUACAAAUAUUAUUAUCACGCGACGCGUAAAUUUGCAAAAGGAGAAAAACUGAAACAUUCUUAUUGCACCGAUUAAAAUCAGAAAGCGGGAAAAAGAUCAACAUCAAUCAAUGCAUUUGUAUUUAUAGCACUUUCAUGGAUCACUGCCAGUCUCCCUCCAGUUUCGCUAAAAGACCUUGAUGCGCGGACAAUCUACUAUUAGACCUCGAUUGAAACAUGUGGAUAGAACACGCGACAGUCGUAAAGUUAUACCCGCUUAAUUCCUUUUCUGGUUUCUGUUGUUCGCUUCCACUGUUGUUAAUAAAAUAUUCGCGAAGUAUUAGUGGAAAAUAGAAUAAACAGUUAGUGCAGCGAUCGAACGAGAAGCGUGUCGGUUCAGGGAAAAUACGCGGCCAUGGUACGUUCCCGCUAUAAUAUUAUAGUAGUAGAUCGUGACGCGAGGAUGAAUGAAUCAGUCAUGUCGCAUGGAGGCAAGAUCAGUAGACCACAGUACGUCACGCGUACCGGACAGUCCGUAUCGUGAAUCGUUCCUCGAAGGAUAAAAGAACGCUCUGAGAUCACUUAGUGAUUUAAUUUACGGUAUUCUUCAACUGGCGUGAAUUUAAUUUAGUUUUCUGGCGGCAUGGAUAGCAAAACGAAGACUGAUGGUGACGAGAUAAUGUAUCUGGAUGAAAUGCACGAUGAGUCAGUGAAGCCGUUGACAUCCAACAAUAUGGAGGCAAUCCCGUCCGUGUUUUCGCGCGCUGGUUUUACCACUGAAACUGAAGAUCUCGCGAACAACCCGCAAGAUGCAACGCGAAGACCUUCAAUUUCCAGAACAGCGAUCGAUUUUGAAGGGAACAACAACCCAGUGAUCGGCUUCGAUGGUAGAAACGGACCGGACCCCUCAUCGGCCUGGUCCAUCCCACCAAACAUACAGCUUUCUACUCCUGACGUAAACGUCUAUCAGCACAAAAAGACUCUCGCCCAAGGUAUGAUGGACUUGGCGUUGCUGUCCGCCAACGCGAAUCAGAUGCGUUACGUUCUCCAGACGGACGGCCGACAUCCCUACUUUUACCCGUCGCUCACCAUGAUCAGCAUGAGUCUGUUUCUGCAGAUCGCCGUGGGUAUCGGCCUUAUCUGGAAUAGCGUCUACAACGUCAAAGAGCACGAGCAGAUGUGCAAGGCCAAUAAGGCCAACAAUUGGACGGUCGUCGGUAUUUUCCUCGUCACGAUACUCAACGUUUUUAUUUCGUCGUUUGGUGUCGUCGACCAGAUAAACAUUGUUUCAACAUAGUCCGUUCUUUUCUUUUCUAUCUUUUACUUUUACUGCUCUCUUUAUUGACGAUACGCAAUCGCCAUACAUAAAAUGCGUAUGUGUUAUAUUUAAACAUUAGAUCCAUAAUGUGCGUUAUUUUUUUUACAAGAUAUUAGCAAAAAUUUAAUUUAAAAUCUAAAUUUUAACAAAAAAUUGUUUUUUUUUUAUUAUUAUUAUUUAUUUACUAUGUAUAUUAAUUAUCUGAUACAAUAAUUGAAAAUAGCAAUUUUUUAUUGCAGCAAUAUUGAAUUAGUAGUAAUGUCAAAAGCGAAAAAUCAUACGAAUCUCUUUUUUUUCUUAAAUAUUUCUUUUUGUCGUCGAAAAUGACAAAUAUUUUGGCGCGUCAUGUUAGAACAUUUUGCACAUAUUGUUUAUACCUCAUUAUAAAUUACAUUCAUUUAUUUACGUAACAUUGAAUACAUAAACGAUUUAUUCACGUAGGUAAUUUAACAAACUACAUCUUUUGAUUAAUUUUAAAUGUGAUAAUUUAUAGAAUUUUUAUACUGUAUAGUAAUAAGUAAUAAAUCUUCUUUUAAAUGUAUA